UUUAAUAUUUUUAGACAUGUUUAAAGAACUAUUAAAAAUAAUGUAGCAGUAGUUUUAUAAAAAAAAGUUGGAAUAAAGAUUUUAUUACAAGAACUACUAUGGAGGAAGACACAUUAAAUACUGUUGAAACAGAAGGCCAAACUCAAUUAGAUGGGGGAGGCCAUAAGUUUUUGACCAUGAAGGACCAAGAACAGAUGUUAUCUGAAUUAAAGAAAGAAAACUUUGAUUUAAAGUUGAGGCUCUACAUGACUCAGAAGAACAGUGAAUCGGCUGAGGGAAAGGUUUCCGAGUAUGAGCAACAACUUGCAGCACUUUUAAGCAGUCUUGAGGAACAACAGCAACUUGCAGAAAAGCAAAACCAAGAAUUGCGUGAAUCGCGUACUCGUGAAAAAGAACUGAUGAUUAAGCAAAAACGACUUGAAGAACGAUGCAAAGAACAAACGGAACAAAUUCACAACUUAUCUGUCAGUCUCUCCAAAUUUUCGGCUAGUAUGAACGAUAUAACAGGACCGUUUCAUCAUAGCACUCCGAUGCGAAAAACGAAUUCUGGUCACUUUCAAACCCAAACCUCCAAAGACGAUAGCAGUAUGGAUUUUGAAUAUUCUGGCGAAAAGCAAUUCUCAUCUAUGAUAAACAUUUCCCAUGUAGCACCUAUGGCUCAUGAUAAAAAUUCUCCAAAUUUCGGAAAUGACAGCCAUACAAAUGGUCGUAAUGGUGAUUUUAACACAACUGUUCCAAUUACUAAGAAUUAUUAUUCCAAUAAUUAUGAAGGUCGUCAUAAUAGAACUGAAGGUUAUGACAAUGUUGGUGUUGUGAAACCGAACAAUGCAAGGACUGAGGUUACAGUUGAAUUUCCUGAUCAUUCAAAAGCUCCUUUAGUGAUACCAAAGAAAAAGAAAGGAAUCAUGAGAGUGUUUAAACUAUGUGUUGGAAAAUCUGGCCAGCCAAUCUCUCGUGACGAAUCCAUGUAUAUAAAAAGAGAGCCUGCUAAAAUUACAAUGACCACAACUAAUUAGUUAAUAUAGUAUGUAAAAAUGCUUUUUGAUAUACGAAAAAAUUUGAUCUUUAAAAAUUUAAGCUUUCGGUGAAUAAGAAAAAAAAAACACCUGUACAU